AUGGCGCUCCAAAGUCUCUUUUCCAGUGCUAUAGUCGCCCACCCCAUAGUAAACUUCUUCUUUGCACCAUUCCUGCUCCUGUUCAUUCGUUCAAUAUAUCGUGUCUACUUCCAUCCUCUCUCCCAUAUCCCAGGUCCAAUCUUACCUAAGCUAACCAGCAUCUUCCUUCACUAUCACGCCUACGUUGGAGACGAAGCAAGUACCAUCCAUAGGCUCCACGAACGCUAUGGCCCGUACGUCCGCGUCGCACCCAAUGAAGUCGACAUAAGUGACGCAGAGGCUAUACCUUCAAUCUACGUCUCCAAGGGAGGGUUUCCGAAAGCGGCAUGCUACGCCAACUUCGACAUCGACGGCCACAAGACUAUUUUCUCGACUAUCGAUGCGAAUUAUCGCAGUCCGAGAGCAAAGGCCGUUGUCCCUCUCUUCUCUUCCAAAGCUCUCAGGGAGAACGAGAAGGCCAUUUGGGGGUGUGUGGAUCGUAUGGUGGAGCGAUUGAAGGAGGAAGCGAAGACAAAGAAGCCAGUCAACGUCCUUAAUCUAACGCGGAGUUUGGCUGUUGAUGCGGUUUCUACACAUUUGUUCCGAGAGAACUACGAUGGGGUUAGUGAACGCGGUCUUGUGCUCAGCGUAAGCGCGUUUGUAGACGCUUUCGUAGCGGUUGGCCGCUUCUUCUACCUUCCGAACAUCGCUUUUACAUGGCUAGAAUGGGCCGUCGCCAGAUGGAUGCCCGAUCCCGAGACUGAUGACAGUAUGAUGCUGGUCGAUAAGUUUGUUGCCACCCUGGUAGCGAACACUUCCGAGAAGUCAACAACCUAUCCAGGCCGUCUACUAGCUGCCGGGUACAGCGAUUCAGAAGUCAAAGCACAGUGCAAGGAUCUCAUCUUUGCAGGUACAGAUUCCACGGGAAUGAACUUGGCUACGAUCAUGCGCAACCUAGCAUUGUACCCAGAGAAAUACGAAAGACUAAAGGAAGAGGUCAGAAGUAACGCUACGCUUGACUCUGAUGCACAACAAGUUCAAGCGCUGCCUUAUCUCAACGCUGUUGUCAAGGAAGGUCUUCGAAUUAGCAUGGCCAAUCCGACGCGCUUACCUCACGUCGUACCUGCGGAAGGUUGGACUUUCAAAUCCACCUACUUUCCUGCUAGCUCUAUUGUUGGCUGCUCAGCUUACGAGCUGCAUUUCAACUCAAGCAUCUUUCCCGAACCCCACAGUUUCAAGCCUGAGAGAUGGCUGAAUCCGACGGAAGCGAUGUCGAAGUACUGGUUCGCGUUUGGCGCGGGUAGCCGGGCGUGUAUCGCAAGAAAUCUGGCAACCCUGGAGUUACAGCUUGCGACUGAGCGAUUAGGGAGGAGUGGCGUCCUUGAUGGAGCAAAUAUAGUGCAACGGGAAGUCGAGAUUUAUGAGUGGUUCAACUCGAAAGUGAAAGGCGAGAGAAUUGACUUGGUCUGGGAAUAA